UAGUCUUUGCGUUUUCAAUCACAUUUCACUUCAGUGCCCUGCAUCCUGGUCCAGGUUAAAAUUCAACAUCGACAUCCCUGCAUAUCCUCGUAGCAUCGACUGACUCCCCCUGCAUGAUCACCAGUCGAGACAGCAAUACUCUCCGAACCCUGCUCUAGUCAUUAUGAUAAGUACUUCCACCAUCCCAUCUCCCUAGCACCAUCUCCCCCUCUUCCCCUUGGCACCAUCCCAAACCCAACAUGGAGCCCCUCCUCAACCUCCCGCCUACCCAGCUAGCUCUCCUUCUCACCCUCACCCUGACCAGCAUCCUCCUCCUCACCCGCCUCCGCCGCGCGCACGCCCGCCGCCAAUUCGCCCACCAGCACGGCUGCCAACCCAUCACCCACUACAACAACAAAGACCCCGUCCUCGGUCUGGACGAGAUCUACCGAGGCAUCACGACCGCAAAGCGUCACAAAGCCCUGGAAUCCAUCACACAGCGCUUCCAGCUCCACGGAAACACCUUCGCCUCGCGCCGCCUCCUGAAAUACACAAUCGUGACCAUCGAGCCCGAGAACAUCAAAACGAUCCUCUCCACCCGCUUCAGAGGCUACGGCCUGGCCCACCGCCUCCCGAUUUUUCAGCCCUUACUGGGGGAAGGGAUCUACGACACCGACGGCGCACACUGGGCCACCUCUCGCGCGCUCAUCCGCCCCAAUUUCACAAAGGACCAGGUCGCCGACCUUACCCCCUUUGAAUCCUUGAUCCCCUCCCUGCUAGCGCAUAUCCCCCGCGACGGGGCCACGGCCGUCGACCUCCAGGACUUGUUCUUCCGCCUGAAGAUGCAGCGCAGCGAGUUGGAUUUCGCGGAGGCAUUCAAUUAUGCCCAGGAAGCGAUGACAGUGCGCGCGAUUCUGGGGCCUUUUGGAAGAUUUUAUUACGAUAAGAAGGCGGAGCGGUGUAAUCGCGUUUGUCGGGACUUCGCCAUGCCAUUUGUUGAGGAAGCGGUUCGGGCUGUUCAGGACGGUGGUGGUGGUAGUGGCAGGAAACCCGAGAAAUAUAUCUUCUCGCACGAGUUGGCGUCACGGACGAGUGAUAAGCGCCGGAUACUGGAUGAGUUGAUGAAUGUGCUCCUCGCGGGGAGGGAUACGACGGCCAGUCUGCUGAGUAAUAUGUUCUUUACGCUGGCGAAACGUCCCGAGGUCUGGGCGAAGUUGCGGCAGGAGGUGGAGGAGCUGAGGGGGUUGAGGUAUUUGAGGUGUUGUGUUAAUGAAUCGCUCCGACUACACCCCGUCGUCCCGAUGAACGAUCGCGUCGCGGUGAGGGAUACGGUUUUGCCGGUUGGAGGUGGUAAGGAUGGGCUCUCGCCGGUCUAUGUACCCAAGGAUACAAUUGUUGCGUAUAAUGUGUACGCCAUGCAUCGGCGGAAGGACUUUUAUGGGGACAAUGUGGAGGUCUACCGGCCGGAACGGUGGGAAGAUGGGCGGCUGCAGCCGCGAUGGGAGUACCUGCCGUUUAAUGGGGGCCCACGGAUCUGCAUCGGGCAGCAGUAUGCGUUGACGGAGGUGGCGUAUGUGACAAUGCGUCUGGCGCAGGAGUUCCAGGGGCUGGAGAGUCGGGAUUCGGGCCCGUGGGAGGAGUCGUUGACGCUGACAGUAUGUUCGCGCAACGGGACCAGAGUGUGUUUGACGCCGGCCUGA